UCUACAUAAAGAUGUCCAAACCACCCUCGAACUUGUAAACUUUGUUUCGUCUGGGUCGGCGCGAUAUUACCUAUUCGUAUACUCCUGAGCGCAAAUGGGUGAUUCUAUUAAAAAUGCGGUAAACUGGUGGGCGGUAGUACACACCCUCGUCGUCUUGGGCCAGCUCAGCAUAUUUGUCGUCGGCACCGUGACCUUCGUGCUUUAUCGGCCCAGCAGCAGAGCCGAUUCCGAUUCCGAUAUCCCCUCCGUGGACAGGUUCGAGGAUGACUUCACAAAAAACUCCACCCUGCCCUGGGUUUCUAGCGCUGUGGGUGCCUUGACCACUUUCCUCAAUGUCAUCUUGUUCAUCGUGCUGUGGAAGAACUAUCAGAUGGCAAGACGACAACAACGCACUAGCUGUGAUAUUGCGUUCAGGAAUGCGGUAAUGGGCAGCAGCGUGCUGACUACCCUGGUCAGUACUGCCGAUGUCAUUCUGGCUGUGAAGGCCGGGUUAUCCGGGAAGAGUGCGAUUUGCGCCGCGGCUAUCGUUGGAUGGUAGCGUUUUCUCUAUCCUCACAGUGUGUGCGGACCAGUUCAAGUUAAGGAGAUUCUAUGGCGAGCAAAAGAAGCAUAGCUAUAUCAUAGAGCUUGGCGGCUCUAACCAAAGCAUGCCAGCACCUCCAUCAUACGAUGCAGCGAUUGGGGCCCAGAAGUGAGGCUUGAGUUGUGGAUUGAGAAUGGAGUACUUAGUAGGUUUCCUCGAUACCAAGUGUAGGCAGGUAGUACGGAUCCAAGCCUACCUACCUACAUAAGUGCAUAGUAUAGAA